GAGGCGCCGCAGCUCCGGGCAGACGGUUCCGGGCGCCGCACGUUCCCCCCUUUCCCCCUCCCCUCCUUCCCCGGUUCCCCCACCAGCAGGAACCCGGCGCCGCCCGCUCCUCUCAUGGCCUCCGUCCCGGAGGACCCGGUUCUGGAGCGGUACUUUAAGGGCCACAAAGCUGCCGUCACCUCCGUGGACUUCAGCCCGAACGGCAAACAACUGGCUACUGCUUCUUGGGAUACGUUUCUCAUGCUAUGGAGUGUCAAGCCACAAGCUAGAGCUUUCAGAUACGUGGGGCACAAGGACGUCGUAACCAGCGUGCAGUUUUCUCCACUUGGAAACUUAUUGGCCUCUGCUUCACGAGACAGAACCGUUAGACUCUGGAUUCCUGAUAAGAGAGGGAAAUCCUCUGAAUUUAAAGCUCAUACAGCUCCAGUUCGAAGUGUGGACUUUUCAGCUGAUGGCCAGUUUCUGGCUACAGCUUCUGAAGACAAAUCCAUCAAAGUAUGGAACAUGUAUCGCCAGCGCUUCUUAUAUUCCUUGUACCGACAUACACACUGGGUACGCUGUGCCAAAUUUUCGCCUGAUGGAAGACUAAUUGUAUCAUGUAGUGAGGAUAAAACUAUUAAAAUUUGGGAUACCACAAAUAAGCAGUGUGUUAACAACUUUUCGGAUAUUCUAGGGUUUGCAAAUUUUGUGGAUUUUAACCCUAAUGGUACAUGCAUAGCUUCAGCAGGUUCUGAUCAUACUGUGAAAAUCUGGGAUAUAAGAGUGAACAAAUUACUCCAACAUUAUCAAGUUCACAGUGGUGGAGUUAAUUGUGUAUCGUUCCAUCCGUCUGGUAACUACCUCAUCACUGCUUCUUCAGAUGGUACACUUAAGAUUCUGGAUCUCUUGGAAGGAAGACUCAUAUAUACACUUCAAGGACAUACGGGGCCUGUCUUUACUGUUUCAUUUUCAAAAGGUGGCGAGCUAUUUGCAUCAGGAGGUGCAGAUGCACAGGUCUUAUUAUGGAGGACUAACUUUGAUGAAUUGAAUUGUAAAGAUAUUAUUAAAAGAAAUCUCAAAAGAUUACAUUUUGAUUCACCACCACAUCUUGUGGAUAUCUACCCAAGAACACCACAUCUCCACGAGGGAAAAAUUGAGACUGUUGAAAUUAAUCCAAAGCUUGAAGUGAUCGACUUGCAGAGCUCUACUCCCCCAGUUGUGGACGUCCUUUCUUUUGAUUCUACCACAACAACGGAAACUACAGUUAGAACUCUACCAGACAAGGGUGAAGAGGUCUGUGGAUAUUUCUUGAACCCCUCAUUAAUGACAUCAGAAUGUUCGCCAACAACCUUGAAAAAGAAAACAGAAGACAUGAACGACCUCCCCUCUGAGAGCCAAAGAAGCAUACCGCUCGCUGUGACUGAUGCUUUAGAGCAUAUUAUGGAACAGCUCAAUGUUUUGACCCAGACUGUUUCAAUCUUGGAGCAGCGACUGACUUUGACAGAGGAUAAGCUGAAAGACUGCCUUGAAAAUCAGCAAAAGCUUUUCAGUGCUCUCCAUCAGAAAAGCUGAAUAGAGAAGAAUGAGCAGAGGCACAAUAAAUGACACGUGUACGUAUACUCAGGAAGGGAGUACGAGGCGCUUCAUGCAACACGACCGUGCGCUCAUUAUCAUGGCAUUUCUUAAAAGGGUGAGCCACAGAACAAGGCAGGAAAGGCAUAAUUCAGGACUCAUUUAAACACACAAAUCAAUGUCAAGAACUGAUUUAAAGCAUUACCAUUUAUGAUUGCAGUAAUAAAGUGAUAAGCAUUCAAG